CUGUUAUUCCGUUGUUGAGGAAGCGAGUGUCCGUGUAGUUUCAGCAGCAAAGAUGUCGAGAUCAAAACCUAAAGCUAAGAUGGUUGAGGAUUUAGCAAAGAAAACCCGAUUUAAAAAAGAUGCAGUUCAAUGCUUGCUGAUGAUGUUUAGGGAGUAUGCUACAGAAGUUAAGAAUGCUGACAAACCACAGGUGGAUAAGUCAAAGUUCAGGGACAUGCUGCAAGCAGAAUUCUCAUUGACAGACAAUGUCUUGAUGGAUAGAGUGUUUCAAGCUUUUGACAUGGACCGUGAUACGGUUAUCAAUGAAGAGGAAUGGGUUGUAGGGUUCUCUGUUUACCUAUCAAAGGAGCUGGAUGAAAAGAAACUGAAAUUCAUGUUUCGUGUCUAUGACUUUAAGGAUGAGGGAUCCAUCACAAGAGAAUCCAUGUUUUAUUUCUUGAAGGACAGUUUUGUCUGGACAGUCAUUUCAGAAGAGGAUGCAGAUGAGGCCCCUAAAGAUUUAGUUGAAAUUGUAUUGAAAAAAAUGGAUCUGGACAAGGAUCAAAGAGUGUCAUAUGAGGACUUUGCAAAAGUCGUGAAGGAGGAACCGCUGCUCUUGGAGUUCCUCGGACAGUGCCUGCCAGAAGCCCAGUGUGUAGACAGGUUUUGCACUUUGCUUACUGGAGAUAAAUCACCAUGGACAAAUUCCAAACCGACGAAGUGUUACAAGUGACCUGCUCAGGAACAACAACAACAGCAACAAAUCAGUUUCUGACAAAGAUCUUUGGUAUGCAUUGACCAAUAGAAAGUGACGUUUCUUAUUUUCACUGACCAAUCGAAAGUGAUGUUACUUGAUAUGAAUUUCUGCUUCCUAGAAAUUUUACAUUGUUAGGUGUUUUUAUAAAAGAUAUUAAAAUAUCUGCAAUUUUUGGAUCAAACUUUUUGAUAUUUUUGGUAGAUAUUAAUAUGAAACAGCAAUGAUUAAAUUUUUGCUUUUUUUUUUUUUUACAAUAAUCUAUCUUCAAAUAUUAUGUAUGCAUUAAAAUGUGGAACAUAGAACACCUAAAAAAAACAUGAAUAAUUCUAGAUUAUGAAUUAAGCACUCUCAGAAAUUUGAAGCAAUCUUUUUCUAGAAAAUUUCUAUUUGUAUAGAUUUUGACUGAUAAAUUAAGAUUACAAAAUAGAUAAAUUAUAUCAGAUGUAUAUAAACUUAUAUUGAUGUAUACUUUGUAGUUAUUAUUAUUAUUUUUUAGAUUUAAUAGAAGAUAAUUAUGUACAUUCAGAAUAUACAAAUAUGCAGACAUUUUUUCAAUAGAUAAUUUGUAUGAAGCACUUCUAUAGAUAGUGAUAUGCUUACAAUUUUUAUAUGGGAACAUUUGUUUUCAAUGAAAAAUGAAUUUGCUAUUUUUAGUAUUUUUGGCAUUUACAAAUUUGUAUAUCAUAAGAAAUAAGAUAGCAUGUGUAUGUCAGAUUUCAGGUAGGUAUCAGAAUUGUCAAGGUCCAAUUUAGGCAGGUUUAACUGUACAAGUUAAAAACCUGAUCAAAUUUUCCCUUAAGACGUUCAAAUAUAUAUUGUAGUAAUUAUAUGUGAAUGAAGAUCAAUCUUAUCAACGUCUAAAAGAGAUAGAAAUAUUAAAACUGACUAAAGGAUUGACAGACAGACUCAAUAGAAACAUUAUUAUUUACGCAAAAACAAAACAAACAUAUUUGAGGAGGUGUGCCUUGAAUUGUUAAGGGGAGGUAGUUUGCCAAUCUUGUGUAGUUUACGCAAACUGUGUAAUACGUUAUUUUAAAAUAAAGGAAUUCAUACAUGGUUAACACUUAUCCUUAGAAAUUCAUACUUGAGGUGCUCAUUAUUCUAAGGUUACUGCAAUUGAUCUAUCAAUUUUCUAUAUGAAAUAUUCUCAAAAUAAUACUUUAGAAUACAUUAACACUUCAAAAUAUACUGCUGAAACAACUAACUCAAAGAUGCAAUCAUUUUCUUUUCUUUUGAAUCAUGUUGAUGGAAAAUUGACCAGAAGAAGUUUUAGCUCUGGUUUGUUAAAUGUACAUAAUACGACUUUUGAUGACUAAGGAUUUGGUACCUUGUGUAUUACACAAAGUUUAAAAAUUUUAUAGAUUUAUGAUUCCAUUGAUGGCAGAUUUCUACAUGUUAAUGCCAAUACAUAUUUCUGUUUUUAUGAUGUAAUUUUGUACAUUUUUGGAUAUGAUAAACUAAAAUGUUGCUGUUUGUCUUGGGGGUGUGAGGAAUAACUUUGUUGCAUACAUUUUUCUUGAGUUGGAUGUUUAUUGAAAAUUUCUUGCCAGGGGAGAAAAAAAUAUAACUGUUCUAAUCAGCGAGAGGUUUUAGUAACAUGAUAAUUUAUAUGUACAUAUGUAUAUAUAUAUAUAUGUAUUUAGUAACCAGUUUUUUUUUCUUACUUUUCCUGACAAGUGAUUUGAUUCAAGAUGAUAUGAUGUGGCAUAAGUGCAUAGUUCUGACAGAGAAAUUGUUACGACUGGCAACAAAGUGUGAUAUAUACUGGGAUAUUGAUAGAGUUUAUCUCAUUUGAGUUCAUUGUUUUCAAUAUUCUUUUAUUUAUUGAAUUCUGGAUGAUAUUGUGAUGUAUGUACCAAUCAUUUGUCAGGGGAAGUAAAUAUAAAAAAAAACUACUAGUACUAUGUAUUGCAGCCUUUUUCCAAUAGGUAAAUACAAGGUUUAAUCACCCUCAGGUGAUUUUUUUUCUAGGGUUGAUCAAACCUUGCAUUGACCUUGACAGAAGUCUAUAAUUGUUUAAUGUGGCUGUACUUCUGGGCAUGCUCACAAAUUCUUUGGACAGUUUUGUAGGUGCAGGUGCUUUGAUUGAUAAUAUCACAGUCCACAGUUCUACCCAAUUAAGUUCUACACAAGUCUAUAUUUACAUAUACAUUGUAUAUAUGAUAAUUUUAACAUUUAAUUUAUUUGCAUAUUUUUGCAUAUGUCCAUUUAUAAUAUUUUAUCAUUUUAUUUUUUUUUUUUACUUUUUCAUUUUUUAUGAAUAUUAUUAAUCAUAUUUAAUGAACUGCUGUAACAUCAUGUGCCUCUAUUUCUAAUUAGUAUACCUUACAUGGUGUACAAGAUCUUGUUAUACUGCCAAUGGUUAAAAUGGAAAAAAAAAAAAAUUGAAAGUAAAAUAUUAUUGAGAAAUUAAUGAAGAGUGGACCUUGAAUUACAGUAUGUUGAUGGUAAAAAGGCCACUUUAAAAUGAGUGGCAGUUAUUAGAAAUUUUAAGGUAAAGAAAAAAAAUCAGGGUCUUAUUGGCAGUAUAUCACGGUUUUUAUUGUCAAUGUUGGCAGUACAUGUAUAUUUAUUUUCAUGGUAGAAGAAAUAAAAAAAAUCAGCUAUUAAAAUGUUUUUCAUAGUACUUUCAGGAUAACUUCAGCUUUAUUUUAAUCACUUAAAAGAAUAACUCAAGGUAAAUCAUUAGACAGAUUAUUUGAUAUUUUAUGUGUUCUUGAUGACUAAAUUUACUGCUUUUUUUAAAGAUUAAAAUAAAAAAUGCAAUGUUCAUUCUUGUAAAAUAUCUAUUAUAUAGUCAGUUCAUAUUUAUGCCCAUUUCAACAAGAUGAAAUUGACAUAUUACUCAAAUUUAACUGGUGUGGGAGUGAUCAAGGUAUUUGAAUGAUAAACUUCGGUGAUGGACAAAACAUAUUGAUGGGCACAAUUCUUGUUUCAACUCUUUAAGUUGUAAUAUAUGUUAUAUUUAUAUUAUAAUAUAUUGAAAUUUGAAUUCCAAUUUUAAAUGACAAAUUACAUAUAUUCUUGCAUAUUCUUGGAAUAUACACAUUUUGUUCAUAAAAUAUUUUUUACAUAUUUUGCAACAUUCAUUAAUGCUCACCAUUAUAUAUACAAAACAAUAUAACUGGUUCAUAGAAGGGAUGGGGAAAAUGUUUUGUUUAAAUUUGUUGUGUGUCUUUUUUCUUGUGGAAUGCAUAUUCAUAAGGCCUUUCAUUGAAUUAACAUAAUCUUGUUCAGCCAGUUUUGUUCAGUUCUUACUAUAUUUACUAUAUAUGUGAUAUUGUCUGCAAAUUUUGCAUUUCAUAUGCACCGUCCAUGUUUUAAUAUGUGAUUAUUUUGACUGAAAGUUUAAGAUUUCCAAUUAUAUAUGAAUAAACUACAUAAACAAAAACA